UUGCUGCACUUUUUUAUAGGAAAACACACAGUGUAGAAAGAAAACCUAAGAAAAAUGGUGUUGGUUGAUCUUGGUCGCCGCCUUGCAGGAGCUCUUCAACGAAUGAAUAAAACACUUGUGGUUGAUGAAUCAGCGCUUGACGAUUGUCUUAAAGAAAUCUGCAACGCUUUGAUUGAAUCGGACGUCAAUGUGAAGCUUGUUUCUAAACUUCGGGCUAACGUCAAAAACGUUGUAAAUAUGCAGCAUAUCCCACCUGGUGUCAAUCGGCGUAACUUAUUAAAAGGCGCUGUUUUGGAUGAACUGUGUAAAUUAGUGGAUGGAGGGACUCCUUACCAAAUUCAACGAGGAAAAACUAAUGUUAUUAUGUUAGUGGGCUUGCAAGGUGCUGGAAAAACGACGACUUGCACUAAACUUGCCUACUAUUAUAUGAAGUCGAAGCGUCUGAAAACGGCUCUUGUGUGCACUGAUACUUACAGAGCAGGUGCUUUUGAUCAACUAAAGCAAAAUGCUACUAAAGCAAACAUCCCUUUUUUCGGAAGCUACACCGAAACUGAUCCUGUUAUUAUUGCUCAAAAAGGAGUUCAAAAGUUUAAACAAGAAAAAUUUGAAGUCGUUAUCAUUGAUACGAGCGGAAGACACAAGCAGGAAGAUUCAUUAUUUGAAGAAAUGUUGCAGAUAAGCCAAUCCGUAACUCCCGAUAAUAUUAUUUUUGUUAUGGAUGCCAGCAUUGGCCAAGCUGCUGAGUCGCAAGCCAGGGCUUUUAAAGAGCAAGUCCCAGUGGCGGGCGUGAUUAUAACGAAGCUAGACGGCCACGCUAAAGGCGGCGGCGCCUUGUCUGCCGUGGCCGCCACCGAGUCGCCAAUCCUGUUUAUCGGCACUGGAGAACGCGUGACUGAUUUGGAAGACUUUGUGCCCCGCUCUUUUAUUCGCAAACUUCUUGGGGAAGGCGAUUUGGGUAAGCUUUUUGAAAUUGUGAAGGGAGCGAAGAUCAAAGAUAAUCCCGAGCUUAUUGCGAAGCUUAAAAACAAACGUUUCGAUUUACGCGAUUUUUACGAACAACUUCAAAAUCUUACUAAACUUGGUCCUUUGGAUAAAAUAAUCAGCUUACUUCCGGGAUUUCAGGAGUAUAUGCCUGAUAAUUCUGCCGAAAGCUUUCCGUUUAAACGUUAUAUGACAAUUAUGGACAGCAUGACCGACAAGGAGCUCGACAGCGACGGAAACUUUUUUUUCGAUAAAAAUUUACACACUUCCCGCAUUCGAAGGGUUUCCCGCGGCUCCGGCUGCAACGAACUUUUUGUAAAAGAAUUACUUUUGCAGUACAAGAAAAUUGGAAAACUUUUUUCCUCAGUGGAUCUAAAUAGCAGCUAUUCACGUGCUUCUCCUAAAGAUAAGCAGAAAUUUACAUCUCAGUUAGCUGGCAUGGUGCAUCCGGGCGUCAUCCAGCAAUUGGGUGGGCAGAACAACUUUCAAGGUUGGCUGAAUAAUUUAAUGCUCAAUUUUGAGGCUAACGAAGAAGAAUCGCCUUUAAAAAACUCGAACAAUCUAAAAGAGGUGGUCGCAAGGUUCUACGAAGCCGCGGAAGAUCAUAAUUGA